AUGACUAUGAAAAAAUGUGUAGUAAUCCACAAUGGAUCCAGUUCCACCGUAGCUGGAUUUAGCAAUAUGGAAUUACCUCAAUCUAUCAUUUCCUCAAGUUACGUACAAAAGGGCAAUGAGCGGGUGUUUGGCACAUUUGCCAUGUUAGACGAAUGCGAGUCCAAAGAAGAAUGCGAAGUGUACACCAUAAUGGACAAGAACGGUAUGCCAUACAACUGGGAAGCUCUAGAAGCUCAAUGGAGAUAUCUCUACGAGUACGAAUUAAAAGUCGACCCCCAAGAACUUCCUUUAGUGAUCAGCGUACCAGCCACCCAUUCCGAGAUCGAUCCACAAGUGGUAGAAAACUACUUCGACCUUGCCUUAAACAAAUUGCAAGUGCCAGCUUUACAAAUAGUGGUCGAGCCCUUGGCGGUAGCCUUGGCGAUGGGAAAAAGUUCAGCGCUUGUCAUAGACGUCGGAGCGCGAGGAACUACAGUGACCCCGAUAGUGGACGGAACAGUAGUACGCAGCGGUGUAAUGAAAUCAAGAUUCGGAGGGGAUUUCCUCGACUACCAAGUAGCGAAGUUGCUAGAGGAGCCCUUGGGCUCCUCUAGCCACGAAGCUUGGUACAACUCCGCAACAUGGAUUCGCGAAUUCAAGAGUACAAUGCUACAAGUAUGCGACAAGAAUCUCUCAGAGCUGGAAAGGUACCACCGAGACCAGCUGCUGCUGCAACAGCAGCAGCAGCAACAACUCGGCGGAGCAUACCACAACUACAUGACCAACCCACUAACCCAAAAACGUAACUUUCUACUCAAGAAAAAUAACAAGACGGUCACCUUGGAACUACGCGACUGCUACCGCGUAUGCGAGUACCUGUUCCAACCACAACUAGCCUCGCCCGACUACGCCAGCCGCGAUGGCCUGGGAGAACUACUCUCUCGCUCCAUCAAGAAAGCAGCCGCCAGCGUAAGCGCCCAAGGUACUCCCGGCGGUGGCCAAGGUGCUUCGCUAGUUUACAACCGACACCAACCACAGCUACAGCCCGAGCAACCCUCCACGACCACCACAACAGCCUCUUCUGCCACCACGGAACAGGUCUACGCGCAACUGCUCACCAACGUGGUGAUCACCGGGUCCACGUCGCUCGUGGCAGGGUUCGAACCCAGGAUCGUCUCCGAACUGGCCGUCCGCUUCCCACAGAACAAGCUGGCCACGUACGCGAACCAGAUCCACCUCGACCGCGCGGUGCAGGGCUGGAUCGCCAUGGGCGCGAUGGCCGCGUUGCCCGGCUGGCAGCUGGGCCAAUGGCACACCCGGCGCGAGCUGGCCGGGUGA